AUGUCUCACUUAGGCACUACAAACUCUUCUUUAAACGUAACAACUCUGAGAGAGUUGGCGCGAAAGGAUUUAAAGAAUGUGCUUGAUUCUGUGAGGGGGAAAAAAUGCCUAGUUUUGGAUCCCAACAUAAGUGGACCUUUGAGUCUUAUUGCAGAAUUUUCACUUUUGAGGGAACAUGGUGUUGAAAAAGUACAUUAUCUUCAACAAGGGCCACUUGAUACCGAACUUCGAAGCUUAAUUUACAUUUGCAGACCACAAUUAAUUUAUAUGAAAUAUAUAGCUGAACACAUCCAGCAUCACCAAAAUGAAUACGUAGAGAACCCUGACGCUCAAAAGUAUGAAUAUACACUCUUUUUUGUUCCACGUAGAACAAUGAUCUGUGAAAAAGUUUUAGAAGAAGCUGGGGUCUUUG